AUGGCGAUGUGGGGUCGAGGAGGUCGGGGAGACCUUGAUGGAGAGGAUCGCUGGUCCACCGGUGGUGGAGAUACCGGCUUGGAUGACUUGGUUGGCUUCGGGGACAUGAGGGGAGGAGCAGGCGGCCGUGGAGGUGAUCUGGGCUGGGGCGCCAGCGACCUGGCCGUGGGCCCCGGCGGCCGCGGGUUCGGUGCUCCGGCCUUCCACCGGGGCAGCGGCGCUGGCCUGGGCGGCCUGGGUGGCUUCGGAGGCGUCCACUUUGCGGAAGCUGAAAGUCAGGACGAGGAAUGGUGGGGAGGUUGGGAAGCAGAAGACGAAGGCGAGCUUGGCGAAUGGAAGUGGGCCAUGGUUGUUGUCAAAGAGGGGGAACACAAGAAGAAGACCGGGAUCGUCACGGUCAAGUGGAAGAGCAGCAGAACGACGUGGGAUCUUCCACCGAGGACUUAUGUGAGAAAUGCUACCAGAAGGCACUCAAGGUCGAAAGGUCUGUACAGUGGCUGCGGGCCAAUGAAGAUGAUUACGGAUGUCCGGAGCCCGUGGGAUUCUACACGACUUUCUUGCAGACUCAGCGCUUCAUGA